CGUCGCGCGGCGUUAGCGCCUGCCCGCUUCCCGCUGUGCCCGCCGGCACGGGCGGGCUUGCCGUCGGCGUUUCUUUGGUUAACCACCCGCUCUCCCCCACCCCUCUCCGCGCGCACGUGACCCCCGCCGGCGAGGCGGCGGGUUGUUGACGCGUUGCCUAGAGACGGGCGCGAGGCCGGGGACGCGUGCAAGCGCCGGCGGCGGCCCGCGCCCGCCCCGCCCCGCCCCGCCCGCAACCGACCCCGCCGAGGGACCCUGGCGCGUGGGGCCGGGCGUGAGGGAGGCGGCGGGAGGGAGAGGCCCCGGGGGGUAUGGAGGAGCAGUCUGUAUUUUGCCGCUUGGCCGUCGCGGAUGCUGGUGGGGAGAUGGUAGUGGAGAAAGCGGGUUCAAGCCCUUCAAAGCCCGUAGGUGACGGGUGCCCCCAGCAACAGAAGCCCCUGGGGCACGUGAAGAAAAUCAAACAGCAGGUCUCCGAUGGAUUCACUGUUAAAGCCAUGAUGAAAAAUACUGUGGUAAGAGGGCCCCCACUUGCAGGAGCAUUUAAAGAAAGACCAACAAAGCCGACAGCAUUUCGCAAGUUUUAUGAGCGAGGAGACUUCCCAAUUGCCCUUGAGCAUGAUACUAAAGGAAACAAAAUCGCCUGGAAGGUAGAGAUUGAAAAGCUGGACUAUCAUUACUAUUUGCCUUUGUUUUUUGAUGGGCUUUGUGAAAUGACAUUUCCAUAUGAGUUUUUUGCUCGUCAAGGAAUCCAUGACAUGCUGGAACAUGGUGGAAACAAGAUUCUUCCUGUCAUUCCUCGGCUCAUUAUCCCAAUAAAAAAUGCACUGAGCCUUCGUAACCGACAGGUCAUCUGCAUCACGCUGAAAGUCCUCCAGCACCUGGUGGUGUCAGCUGAAAUGGUGGGGGAGGCCUUGGUGCCCUAUUAUCGGCAAAUCCUCCCAGUCCUAAACAUCUUUAAGAAUAUGAAUGUUAAUUCAGGUGAUGGGAUAGACUACAGCCAUCAGAAACGUGAAAAUAUUGGAGAUCUGAUUCAAGAGACACUGGAAGUCUUUGAACGCUUUGGUGGAGAAACUGCUUAUAUAAACAUUAAAUACAUGAUCCCUACUUAUCAGUCGUGCAUAUUAAACUGAGUUGUAUCAAAUGGGAUGAUUCCAUUUGUGUUCUAAAAAAACUGUAUCUGACUCUGUAUGGCAUCUUAUUAGUCAUGCUUUUUUUCUCUACAGCUGCUAAAAUAGUGGCUUCUGGGGCAUUAGAGUGUUAGCACUAUUGUGAACAAGGCUUUCCAAUACAUAAAUAGUGCCUGUUCCUUUGAUUACAAUGGUGUACUGUGCUUGUUUGUUCCCUGAAAGAAUCGCUCCUUUAUGACAGAGCUGACUCGAGCAGGAAUCAGAAUUAAACCUCCACUUGUGCAGACAAUAAAACUAUAAUUUUCAUACGCAAUUCAGCAAUUGCUGUUCUGUGUCCGCUUGCCCUGAGGGUGAUGUCAGAGCCUGUAACAAGAAGAGUUUAUGCUGACUGCUUAAUAGGUGUUUGUCAUGGAAGAGAAACACCAGUUCAGCAAUGCCUCCCUAGCAGCUGUGCCGACUAAUGUGCACUGACACAGAAUAAAACUGUUGAAUGUAUAGACCAAUUACAGUGGGAAAAUUUAUAUGGCCCAUCAUAAAGCGCCGUCAUAAAAUUAAUUCAUGUUUCUUACACACUCCUGAUGUCAGCUUCCAAGUGUUUACCUUUUCAUGAAUCUUGGGUUCCUCUUGGCGAAUAUCAGGCACAACCACAGUUUUGAAGAAAAAAAGCCCAGACAAAACUUCAAUAAAUCAGAUGGAAGAUGGAAUGUACAUAGUGUAUCAGUCCCUAAUGACACACACAAAUGUACAUGUAUGUUUUUAAAGGGCACUGUUUGGGUGGGGUUUUUGUAACUACAAGGUCGCUGUUUCUCUUCUGUUAUUAUGAUAUACAUGUGUACAAACAAUGUAACUACUGUUACAGGAAUCCCUUAGAAUUUCCUACUCUGUUUCUCACUGCAUACCCACAACACAGAAUUGUUGUAAUCAUGGAUUUAAGCAAUGGUAUUGAGAUUGACUUUAUUUCUUUUUAAGCAUUUCUAUGAAAUAAACCUGCAAAAAAUAAAA